AACCCAACCCAUUCUGGGAUUCUGUGUGGAGAUGCUUCAGCUCCUGGAUUGAGGCAGAGCCUGGGCAGAAGGUUUCCAGCUCUGACUUUCACCCCUGGGACUGAAUUUCUGAAUUUCAACAGCAAGGACAACAGAAAAAGCAGCGUCUGCCCAGGGAAAUCCGACUUUUCCAUGCCUCCUUCCUACCUGGAGAUUCCAAGGAGCAUUGCCUCGAAGAGAAACACCAGACACGUUGGAUUGAGGCAUGAGGGGAAGGGGAAGGUGGGAGCACAGGGAAUUCCUGGCCAGGAGCAGGGAGAUGCUGGCUCCCAUUCCCAGCCUGGAAUCACUCCCGGCUCCGGCUCCGUGGCACCCACCUGGGAGCGAUCAGGGAGCUGCCAGAGGCUCUGGAUGUGCUCCCUCCGUGGCACUGCUGGGUGCUGGGGGUGUUCCCCCCCCUCCCUGCUGAACUGUCACAGCAGGCCCGGGAGGGAAAACACCAACUCCAUCUUGCUGGGAAAAGAGGCUUCAGCUUCAUCCAGUUUUUGGCCUCCCAAAUCCAGCAGAGCUCUUCAGGAGCAGGACAUCCAUGGGCAGCACCACGGCACAGGGUGUCACUGCCCAAAUCCUGCUUUCUCCUGGCAAGCAGAGCGUGCAGCUGGACACCUGGAAUCUCCAGGGAGCAACUCAUCCAAAGGAUGCUUUGGGAAGGUGUGGCCGGUGUCUGGGAAAAAGGCACCAUCGGCGUGUUUGGACCAGACCUCCCCAUCCUACCCACUGAAGUGUUUAGGAUUCCCACUGGAUCCACUUUGCCUGUGGAUGAUCAUCUCCCAAAACAUCUCUGCCCUUGGAAAGCCUCACCAGAAUGUUCUGCAAGAGCUGAGCAGGGAGCAGUUGGAGACCACAGCUGCGAGUGGCCGGGCAGAGCUCCCUGAUCCGUCGUGGUGGAGCAACGGUGCUCUGAAGGUAAAUGGUCUCACCUGUCCAGCUGCCACAGAAUCCCAGGAUCACUGAGGUUGGAAAAGAUCUCCUCGACCAUGGAGUCUCCCCUGUGCCCCAUCCCCACCUUGUCCCCCAGCCCAGAGCACUGAGGGCCACAUCCAGGGGUUCCUUGGGCACCUCCAAGGGAUGGGGACUCCAAACCUCCCUGGGCAGCCCCUCCCAAUGCCUGAGCACCCUUUCCACGAGAAAAUUCCCUCUAAUAUCCAACCUGAACCUCUCCUGGCACAUCCUGGGGCUAUGUCCUCUUGUCCUUUCACCUGCAGUGUUGACACAGGGAGCUCAGCCCUCGCCCUUCCCCACCCUCACCUGGGUGACACCUCGGCACCCAAAGCUCCGCCGGCUCGGGAACAGCAGGAACCAGGAAGCUUCUCCAAAACAAAGCAUUGUUUGUCUUCGGAUUUCGUGAUUAUUUAAUUUGUCAUAAAACAAUAACUCUUCCCGUCAGCCUCGUUCAGUCCUGCCAAGUCCAUUCUGUCCCGUCCCCGCUCCAAUCUCCCACCACCUUGGGGACGGAGCGAUCCCUCCCCACGUGUCACGUCUCUGCCACUUGGAACAGUUCUCAGUCCACAGCUUUGUGGCCCUUUUCCCUGGCUUCCCCACGCCUGCUCGUUUGUUUAAUUUGCAUUAAUUAACCCUGCUCAGCUCAGGCUCCUCAAGGCCCCGGUGUUCAGAGGUACAAAACUCUGGAAUUUUCAAUCCUGGCCCGAAGCUUCUUUGCUGCUCCAGGGUCCUGCAACUCGGGGUUUCCCCCUGGGAAUCUCCAAUCUUUAAGUUAAAUAUUGUAGGUUGGGCCACGGGGAAAGGGCAGGAAGCCACGUUUUCUCCAGUAUGGAAUUUCUGGGUGGUGUUGGACACCUGGUUCCUUCUCAGGGCCAGGAGCUGUGAGACCUCAGGUUGCCCAGGUCAUCCCAGGGUGAGCAAACCACGAGUUGUGGCCCCCAUCCCUCAUGGCAGGGGGUAUUUUUUGCUCUCUCUCAUGUGCUGGAGUGUUCCCAAGGCUGCAGGAAGCACCUGGACACCCCCAGGAAAUAAAUAAUUAUUGUUAUACAAAUAAAUAAAUAAAUAAAUAAAUAAAUAAAUAAAUAAAUAAUUUUAAAAGAUAAAUAAAUAA